AGGGCAGUAGGGAGAGCGAACAAGGUGCUCGAAUUGUUACGAACAAGCGGGAUUCGGUCGUUCGAUCCCAUGAAGUGAUAGUAUCAAAGUGACCGAUCAAUCGCGUUUGACACAAGUCUACUCCCAAGUCCCAAUCGCAAUCACUACCGCUACAUAUCGGGAGCGCUUUGCUACGUCCGCUGAAGGCGAACUCUGUUGCCAUAGAUGUGACGUAUAAGGGUUUCUAAGUUCUAGCUCUUAAAGAAUAUACAUCAUAGCUUGGUGGUUUAUCACUUGCAAAGGUUUUAAAAUUUGAUAUAUGUAUGGUUUCUUCAGAGCCAAUUAGCGAGUUUCUCCAAUUUGCUAUAAGUGGUGCUAAAGCAAAAAAAAAAUAAAACUUGUCUCUUGCUAAAACGAAUUACUUAUUUGUGGUCUUAACCCAAGGAAAAAAUGAGUGACAUCAAAUCGUUUUUGCAUCAGUAUUGUCAAAAAAAUAAAGUUGAGCCUAAUUUUGAAGUGCGACCCACUGGUCCAAAACAUAGACAGAGAUUUCUAUGUGAAGUCAGGAUUAGUGGUUACAACUAUGUUGGGGCUGGCAAUUCUACAAAUAAAAAAGAUGCUCAAAGCAAUGCUGCUAAAGAUUUUGUGUCUUAUUUGGUACGACAAGGUUUGGUGAAUCAGAAUGAUGUUCCCCUCGACUUGGAUGCUGCACCUAUUCAAACAACCAGGGAGCCUUCAAUGGAUUCAAGUUUCAACAAACCUCAACAUUCAGUCUUUGGAGAGGGAAUGGGACCAGCUAAUUUUGGAGAAGCGUAUAGACCAAGGGAUGCAGGUGAAGGAAGUAACUGGCAUUACAUGGAUAGAGCACAAGAGCAAAAACACAUGGAAGAAGCAGAGGACCUUGAUGUCAAUGCUCAGAUUCAUGGUAAUUGGACUGUAGAGAAUGCAAAAUCAAAACUUCAUCAAUUCAUGCAGCUGAAUAAGAUCAAUACAGAUUAUAAGUACACACAAGUUGGUCCAGAUCAUGCCAGGACUUUCGUAGCAGAAAUCAGCUUCUAUGUGAAGCAAUUAGGUCGAGUAAUACACGGGCGUGACGGAGGUUCAAAUAAACAGUCAGCAAGCAAGAGCUGCGCUCUUUCUGUGGUUAGACAGCUGUUCCAUCUAGGUGUUAUUGAAGCGUUUUCCGGCACAUUAAAAAAGCAAAAAACGGCAGCUGAAAUGCCGCCUUUCCAAGUAAAACUGUCACCUCAACUGGAAAACCAAAUCGAUGAGAUUUUACAAGAAUUAUCCAUUGAUGCUACAGAGGUGAAAACUUUGAAGUCUGAUCAGCCAGUUUCCCUAUUGAGUAGUCAUGUCUUGGAUGAUUUUCACCCUUCCAAGCCUACUGAAGCGGGAGUAGUUCCAUGGUCGCCGCCUCAGCAGAAUUGGAAUCCUUGGACGGCCUGUAAUAUUGACGAAGGAUUUUUGGCAACUGCUACAUUAGAUGAGAUUAGUGAACAUUUGCUUGAAGAGGCCAAGCUCAAGCAGACCAGUGAUACCAAACUACAGCAAAAUAACAUUGAUAGACAGCGCUUACCAGUAUUUGCCAUGAAAGGUAAACUUAUGGAAGCAAUAAAUGAACAUCCUGUAGUUAUUAUCAGAGGAAAUACAGGAUGUGGCAAGACCACCCAAGUAUGCCAAUACAUCCUUGAGGAUUACAUUAUGUCUGGUCAGGGAGCAUAUUGCAGCAUUGUUGUUACACAACCGCGUCGUAUUUCGGCUGUUUCAGUAUCGGAGCGAGUGGCCAACGAAAGAGCCGAAGAAUUAGGACAAUCUGUUGGUUACUCUGUCCGAUUCGAGUCAGUAUUACCCAAACCUUAUGGAUCAAUUUUAUUCUGCACGGUUGGUGUCCUGCUUAAAAAACUAGAAAAUGGCCUCAGGGGCGUAAGUCAUGUGAUUGUGGACGAAAUUCACGAACGUGAUGUUAACAGCGACUUUAUUAUGGUAGUUUUGAGAGAUAUGAUUCACACAUAUCCUGACCUAAGGGUUAUUCUAAUGUCCGCCACCAUUGACACUACUUUGUUCUCCAAAUACUUUAACAACUGCCCGGUGCUGGAAAUUGAGGGACGCGCGUUUCCAGUGAAGCAGUAUUUCCUUGAGGAUUGUAUUGAGUUGACUGGUUUUGUGCCUUCAAUGGAGACAAAGAAACGCAAAAGUGGAAAAAAAGACGACGGCGAGGGCGACGAAGACACAUUAGUCAGCGAGGAUAGUGACGAAAACUUAAACAAGGUCAUUGCCAACAACUACAGCAUCCAAACUAAGAACUCGAUGGCGCGUCUCAGCGAGAAAGAAAUUAGCUUUGAGCUUCUUGAGGCCAUACUUCAAUAUAUUAAAUGUCAGGAUAUUCCCGGUGCCGUACUGGUGUUCUUACCUGGUUGGAAUCUCAUUUUUGCGAUGAUGAAGCAUCUACAACAGCAUCCUGUAUUUGGAGGGUCCAAAUAUUGUGUGCUACCGUUGCAUUCUCAGAUACCACGCGAAGAUCAAAGAAAGGUUUUCUUGCCUGUCCCACCUAGUGUUACCAAGGUUAUUCUUGCAACCAAUAUAGCAGAAACUUCUAUAACUAUCGACGAUGUUGUAUUUGUUGUUGAUAGUUGUAAGGCAAAAAUGAAAAUGUUUACUUCCCAUAAUAACAUGACUAGUUAUGCCACUGUGUGGGCAUCAAAAACCAACUUGGAACAAAGGAAAGGUCGCGCCGGGCGGGUUAGACCAGGCAUUUGCUUUCACUUAUGCUCCAAAUCUCGAUUUGAAAAAUUGGAUGAACAUAUGACACCAGAAAUGUUCCGGACGCCAUUGCAUGAGCUAGCGCUUAGCAUAAAACUUUUAAGGUUAGGUUCGAUAGGCCAUUUCUUGUCAAAAGCCAUUGAACCUCCCCCGUUGGAUGCGGUUAUCGAAGCUGAAGUGUUGUUGCGCGAAAUGAAAUGUUUGGACAAAAAUGAUGAAAUGACACCAUUGGGUCGUAUAAUAGCCAAAAUGCCAAUUGAACCUCGUCUGGGAAAAAUGAUGAUUCUUGGGUGUAUUUUCAUGUGUGGAGGUCCGUUGGCGACUAUGGCUGCCAAUUCAUCAACCUUUCCUGAAAUAUUUACCAUGGAUAUGGGUCAAAGACGCCUCAGCUAUCAUCAAAAGGCUCUCUCUGGCGAUCGGCAUUCUGACCAUGUUGCCAUGCUGACUGCAUUUGAGCUCUGGGAUCAGGCGAGACAGGGCGGCGAGGACGCAGAGGUCCGUUUCUGCGACUAUAAAGGAAUCAGUUUGCCCACAAUGCGGAUCACUUGGGAAGCCAAACACCAGCUUCAACAAAUACUGAGCAAUUGUGGUUUUCCAGAGGAAACUAUGGCGCCAUUGCCAAUGGAGACAGUUGGACCAGACCCCAAACUAGAUGUGAUUAUGGCGCUUAUGUGUUAUGGACUCUAUCCAAAUGUCUGCUUUCAUAAGGAAAAGAGGAAGGUGUUGACGACAGAAAGCAAAGCGGCGCUGAUACAUAAAACUUCUGUCAACUGCAGUAACUAUGUGCAAAAUUUUCCAUAUCCCUUUUUUGUGUUUGGUGAGAAAAUUCGUACAAGAGCAGUUUCUUGUAAACAGAUGUCAAUGGUCACUCCUAUUCACUUGUUGCUAUUUGGUUCCCGGAAGGUAGAUUGGGUAGAUGAAGUGGUCCGGUUAGACAAUUGGAUUAAUUUGGACAUGGAUCCCUUGGUAGCGUCAAAAUUAGUGGCCCUGCGACCGGCCUUGGAAAGCCUUGUAAUCAGAGCAUCACAAGAUCCUGAGCAAAUCAUGCAAAUGAAUGAAUUAGACAAAAAGGUGGUCGCCAUUAUAAAAGAAUUAUGCAAGUUGCAUGCAGGGAGUUUUGGAAUACAAAGAGAUAAGGCUGCUGUGGAAAACAUGGUGAUGGGCAAACGUCCACCAAGGGGCCACUCACUAGGAUUUUCAGGCCCUCCUCCGAAAAUGUUUCGCGGUAGUCGGGGAGGGAUGUAUGAUGGCGGUAACGGAGGUGGCAGUGGAUUCCGAGAUCGAGGUGGUUACUUUGGAGGUCCAAGAAGUAGAAGUAGUGGUUAUGAGGGAAGAGGUUUUGGUGGGAGAGGAGGAAUGGGCCGAGGCUUUAGGGGAAACAGAGGCAGAGGUGGUGGAUUCAGGGGUGGAUAUUAUUAGUUAUUUAAUUUAAAUUUAUGUAUGUUAGUUUAUGUGACAUUUAGAUUUUUGACUUUAAAAUGAAAUACAUAACAUCAACCCUAGUAGUUAU